AUGGUGUCAUUUCUGCUCAGCACACCACAUCAGUACACUCCCUCUCCAUCACUGGGCAGCAGCACCGCCACAGUGAAGGAGACUGAGACCGACUGGGUCACCUUCAGAUUUCCCUCCAUCCCACUAAGUGCUUCGUCGGAGGUGAGACUGAGACGAGAGUACCUGUACAGGAAGGCACAGGAGGACAGGCUCCGAACAAUCGAGGAGAAGAAACAGAAGCUGAAGGGCGCGAGAAGGUGGGACGAAAAAUCAUGUUUCAUCCUGCUGCAUUUUGAAAAUCGUCUCCUUCCAACUGAGGUCCGUAAAGAUGCCCUGCAGCUGCAGAAGCUACUGAGUAUGAUCGAUGAAGGGGCCGAAGGUGUCAGCUCCCACAUGGAUGAUGAGUAUAAAUGGGCCGGAGUUGAAGAUCCUAAAGUCAUGGUCACCACAUCCAGAGACCCCAGCUCCAGACUCAAAUGUUUUCAAGAAGAGGAAACCAAGAUCAACUCGCUGGUGAGAGCCUGCAAAGCCAACAACGUAACAGACCUCGUCAUCGUGCAUGAGACCAGAGGACAGCCAGAUGGCCUGGUGGUGUGCCACUUGCCGUUUGGACCCACAGCUUACUUCACACUGUACAACGUGGUGAUGAGGCACGACGUUCCAGACAUAGGCACCAUGUCGGAGGCCUACCCCCACUCAUCUUUAACAACUUCUCCUCUCGACGGCACUAGGAGGACAGUAGGGCGUGUCAUCACAUUUGCCAACCAGGAGGACUUCAUCUCAUUCAGGCAUCACACCUACAAGAAAACAGACCACAGGAACAUCGAGCUGACAGAAGUUGGACCCAGGUUUGAGAUGAAAU